AUGGCUUCCCAGCCGGUGCAAGGGCUGCCCCUCCUGCCAGGCUCGUCGUUCCGGGACCCCACGAAAACUGCUUUUCAUCGCUCUCAAACUCUGGGUUACAAGAAUGGUUUUGCAUUCAAACGACUUCCAACCGUGGGGAUAGGAGGAAACAGGUUGUAUUUAAACCAGUUAUCCCAAGCUGAAUUGGAUGAACUGUCCAACAAGAGACCUACAUUAACUUAUGGUCAACCCAAACAAGCACCACCUGCAGAUUUCAUCCCAGCACAUGUGGCCUUCGACAAAAAGGUGCUGAAGUUCGAUGGUUACUUUCAAGAAGAUGUUCCCAUAUCAACAGAAGAGCAUUUUCGUAUCCGCCAAGUGGGCAUUUACUAUUAUCUGGAAGAUGAUAGCAUGUCUGUCAUGGAGCCCAUUGUGGAAAACUCUGGGAUUCCUCAGGGCAAAUUAAUCAAAAGGCAGCGGCUACCCAAGAAUGAUCGUGGGGAUCAUUAUCACUGGAAGGAUCUAAACCGAGGAAUCAAUAUAACUAUUUAUGGCAAGACUUUCCGGAUAGUUGAUUGUGAUGCAUUUACAGAGGCUUUUCUGGAGAGUCAAGGAAUUGAACUGAACCCUCCAGAGAGAAUGAUUUUUGAUCCUUACACAGAGCUACGUAAAAUGCCUCCACGUAUGUAUGUCACACCCUCAGAUUUUGACCAGCUCAAGCAGUUUCUAGCCUUUGACAAAAAAGUCCUUCGGUUUUACGCCAUGUGGGAUGACACUGCAAACAUGUUUGGUGAGAACCGGCGUUUUAUCAUUCACUACUACUUGGCAGAUGAUACAGUGGAGGUGCGGGAAGUACAUGAGCGGAAUGAUGGCAGAGACCCUUUCCCAGUGCUGAUAGGACGUCAGCGCCUGCCCAAAAAAAUGGUGGAGAAGAAAGGAAUCUUCCCAUCCUGUGUCCUAGAGAUCUCUGAUCAAGAGGUGCUGGAAUGGUUUACAGCUAAAGAUUUUGCUGUAGGCAAAUCUACUACUCUUCUUGGGCGCACAUUUUUCAUCUAUGAUUGUGAUGAGUUCACUAGACAAUUCUAUCGGGACAAGUUUGGCAUCACUGGCUUUGAGCCAGUUGAUGUACAGAAGCCACCCCCAGAGAAAAUAAAACAGAUAAUCCCUCCCUACAAUGGCUAUGGCUUCCUUGAUGACUCUCUCCAGAAUUGUUUCAGCCUGAUUCCACAACCACCUCGGAAAAAUAUUAUUAAGCUACUAGAGAAUGACCAUAAAGUGUUGCGCUAUGCAGUAAGAAUGGAAUCUCCAAAUCCUGAGGACAGCAAGCGUCGUUUUGUGCUCUCUUAUUGCCUAGCCACCGACAUGAUUAGCAUCUAUGAACCACCUGUGCGCAACUCAGGAAUUAUUGGGGGAAGAUACUUAAGCAAGACUAGGGUCCCCAAGCCAGGGUCCUCUACAGAUGAUCCUGUUUACUAUGAACCAGCUGACCUCACUGUUGGAUCUAUGGUGGAAGUGUUUGGCCACAGGUUCAUUAUUGUGGAUGUUGAUCAUUAUGUCCUGAAUUACAUGGAAAGCAACUUGGAGAGCUUCCCAGCAGAAGUUGUGCAGUCUAUGCGGGAUCACUUUGCACCUCACCAGGCAGCAACAGAGGCAGUAAAGAGGUUAGCUUCAAAUGAGCCUGACGCACAGGAGCUGGAUGCGUUAGUUGUGCAGAUACAGGAACACAUGCAGCGACAUAACUACUUGCCAGAUAGCAAUAUGCAGGCAGCAUUCCUCCAACAAGACAAAGAAGGCUCAGGGCUCCUGAACAAAGAAGAGUUCUUUGUCCUCUGUGAUCAAUUCAAAGUUCCUGUUGAUGACCCUGCUUUCCAGAAGCUUAUAAGCCUAUGCUGUCAUGGUGAAAACCAGAUAAGAUAUCCUAUCUUUCUCAGAGUGUUCCAGUGCUGA